AUGGCUAAGCUAGCUCUGCCAGGUCCUAAAGCUUGGUGUGUGACAAAGCCAGCAGCACCACAACAAGCACUGCAGUCAGCUCUGGACUACGCCUGUAACUAUGCAGAUUGCAGCCCUACAAAGAAAGGAGGUUCUUGCUAUGACCCGGAUAGGCCAGUGCACCAUGCCUCAUUUGCCAUGAAUGCUUACUACCAGAAGAUGGGAAGAAACCAAUGGAAUUGUCAUUUUAACGAUACUAGUCUCAUUUCCUUGGCAGAUCCAAGUUACAAUCCCUGCUGCCAAUUUGUGAGUGGAGGAUCAGGACCUCCACUGCCACAGGAAAAGGAGGAUACUUGGUGUGUGCCUAAGCCAGGAACCCCAUAA